CGCUAAUUGUAUAUGAGCGCGAGCGGCGGGCUCUCGGGUCUUUUUUAGCGCCAUCUGCUCGCGGCGCCGCCUCCUGCUCCUCCUGCCGCCGCCCUGAGUCACUGCCUGCGCAGCUCCGGCCGCCUGGCUCCCCGUGCUCGCCACCGGUACUUGGUCGUCAUACAACAUGGCAGACAUCGACAACAAAGAACAGUCUGAACUUGAUCAAGAUUUGGAUGAUGUUGAAGAAGUAGAAGAGGAAGAAACUGGUGAAGAAACAAAAAUCAAAGCGCGUCAACUGACUGUUCAGAUGAUGCAAAAUCCUCAGAUUCUUGCAGCUCUUCAAGAAAGACUUGAUGGUCUGGUAGAAACACCAACAGGAUACAUUGAAAGCUUGCCUAGGGUAGUUAAAAGACGGGUGAAUGCUCUCAAAAACCUUCAAGUUAAAUGUGCACAGAUAGAAGCCAAAUUUUAUGAGGAAGUUCAUGAUCUUGAAAGAAAGUAUGCUGUCCUCUAUCAGCCUCUAUUUGAUAAGCGAUUUGAGAUUAUUAAUGCAAUUUAUGAGCCUACGGAAGAAGAAUGUGAAUGGAAACCAGAUGAGGAAGAUGAGAUUUCGGAGGAGCUGAAAGAAAAGGCCAAGAUUGAAGAUGAGAAAAAAGAUGAAGAAAAAGAAGACCCCAAGGGAAUUCCUGAAUUUUGGUUGACUGUUUUUAAGAAUGUUGACUUGCUCAGUGAUAUGGUUCAGGAACAUGAUGAACCUAUUCUGAAGCACUUGAAAGAUAUUAAAGUGAAGUUCUCUGAUGCUGGCCAGCCUAUGAGUUUUGUCUUAGAAUUUCACUUUGAACCCAAUGAAUAUUUCACAAAUGAAGUGUUGACAAAGACAUACAGAAUGAGGUCAGAACCAGAUGAUUCUGAUCCCUUUUCUUUUGAUGGACCAGAAAUUAUGGGCUGUACAGGGUGCCAGAUAGAUUGGAAAAAAGGGAAGAAUGUUACUUUGAAAACCAUUAAGAAGAAGCAGAAACACAAGGGACGUGGGACAGUUCGUACUGUGACCAAAACAGUCUCUAACGACUCUUUCUUUAAUUUUUUUGCCCCCCCUGAAGUUCCUGAGAGUGGAGAUCUGGAUGACGAUGCUGAAGCUAUUCUUGCCGCAGACUUUGAAAUCGGUCACUUUUUACGUGAGCGCAUAAUUCCAAGAUCAGUGUUGUACUUCACUGGAGAAGCCAUCGAAGAUGAUGAUGAUGAUUAUGAUGAAGAAGGUGAAGAAGCGGAUGAGGAAGGGGAAGAAGAAGGAGAUGAGGAAAAUGAUCCAGACUAUGACCCAAAGAAGGAUCAAAACCCAGCAGAGUGCAAGCAGCAGUGAAGCAGGAUGGUCUACCUUCUGCUUCCGUGGAAAGGAUGAAUUUACAUCAUUUGACAAGCCUAUUUCAAGUUUUUUUGUUGUUUGUUUGUUUGCUUGUUUUUGUUUUUGCAGCCUAAAAUAAAAAUGUCAAAUAUAAUUUUAGUUCUCACAAGAAAAUGUCUUAAUUUUGUACUAAUGCAGGUAGAAGCAGAGGCCUAGCUUUGAAGUAAGUGAUGUACCUCGUUUACCUUUUAAUUGAAGGAAAAGGGUGUCAGCUUUUGGAAGAGGUACUUCAUCUACUAAUAAGAACGUGUGAAAAAAAGGCAAUUCAUAAAUGAUUUAAUGUUUUUAAUAGAAAGAUUAAAGGAUUAAAUUUCAUUUCUUUUGGUUAGAACUAGGGAGAAGGUUCAGAGCCGCUCCAGUUAAUUCCAAUUCUUAUCGCGUAGAGUCUGAGCAUGUCAUUUACCCACGCCUUUCGUUUUACUGUAUAUUAAAAUGGGUAGUACUGUUACUUAACUACCUCACAAAUGUGUUAAGGCAUAUUAAGUUAAAUUUUAUGAAAUGUUUCUUAGUCUCAUUAAAAGCUCAAAAAUUUGGACCUGUUUGUACCACAAGUAUAGGAUAUUCGUCAUUUUAUUUAUACCGAGUUUUGGUAAUUAAACUGGAAAACAAAGGCUAAGUACCUUUAUUCUGGAUCUGAUCAGGCAACCCUUGCAGAUCUUUGUGUGGCUCCUGUUUCAGUAGAAGUGCAUGGGUGAGCAACUGUUUCAGUGAGAUUUUUUUUCAGCCAUUUUAAUUAUGACCACAUUGUAGUAUACUGUAGACAUCAUGGGUCUAAAGUAGUAUAAGACCAUUUUUAGAGGGAAAAAUACCAUUCAGUUAGAGACUGCAGGGCCACAUUUAAAAUACCUCAGGCUAAUUACUGUUACUUUUGGGGAUGAACUUAGAAGAAGCUUUUAACAGUGAGGGUGGACUAAUUGGAUUGUAAUUACAGGGAGACCUAGAGUUCCUGCUCUUAAUAAAAAUACAUUGGGUUCAAUUUUUAAUGGUGAUAGAGCUUCUGUUUUAAAAAUUUAGUAUCAGGGUCUCAGAAUAUAAACACAUUUUGUUAUUUGUGUAGUAUUGUCCAUUCUGUCCAUUCCUUUUCUGAGAUUUUAAUUAACUACUGGAAAUCCUUAACCAGUUGCAAUAGUUUGUAGGGAACAAAUGCCAUGAAAACACUUUAUGUUUUUCCCUUUUAUUUUCGUAAUGAUUUUGGUUGUUUGGAUAAGUCAUUCUGUGCUGAUUUUUUUUUUUUCUUAUACCUACCUAUAGCUCAUCUGAACACAGCUUUUUCUGAACUUAAAAAAUUUUAAAGAUAGAAUCCCAUUUUUAAUGAACUUAAAGAAGUAGCAAAAUCACUACUUUUUUUUCAUUCCUUUAGAAAAUAGCUAUUGCCAAAGUGAAGAGGUAGAUACUAUUUCGUCUUGUUACAUAAGGUGGGAUGUGGCUUGCAGCGGAAUUGUUUUCUUAAUAAAGUUGGAGUUUCAAGGGAUAUCAGUGUUCACUUAUGCCAUCUCUCCAGUUCCAAAGUGGUUCUCCAUUCUAGAAAUUGGAAAUAUGUAAUUUGAAAUCCUUAAUAAAAUUUGCAUUUAAUUUUAUAAAAUGUACUGGUGAUAUUUUGGGUGUUAUUUUAAAAAGAAUAUGAGUUUAUACUUUUUUUUGGAAGAGUGGAGAGUAGAGAUGUUUUGAGUAGGUUAUUCUGUGCUUAGGCCACGAUGGCCUAUAAAUUUGUGUAAUUUUAAGAGCAGCUUUCCAAGCCCUGCGUAAAUGGAGUUUCUUACUGGAAGACUAGAAAGGAAGGAAUUCCAGUUUUACAGAUUAUCCUGAGUUAACUACAGGUGUUUUAGAGACUCUUCGGUUUGUCUUUAUGUUUUCAGUUUGUAGUUUUCUCUAGUCUAGGGAGUGACUGACCAAGUUCUUUUUUUUCUCUGGAAAGGGUAAAAUCCCAUGUGAUCACCUAUAAAGUAGAAUUUUUUCUACCUUUUUAUGGUAGAAAUAUGGUAAUAAGUAAGCAGGUAACAGCAGUUUGUAAAUUGAUUGGGUUUAGUUUACCACGGAUCUCUGAAAGUUACUUUAUCUAGUUCACUGAAGCAGUAUUAGUAUUUAUGUGAUAUAAAAAUGUCUUGAUUGUGUGGAAUUGGCUUACAGAACAGUACUUAAGAAAAAAAUGGGAUUCUACCUCUGUUUCCUUUUAAACUCAUUUAAUAACAACGCAUAAACCUUAAAAGGAGACAUUAGCUUUGACAAAAAUAUUUAAUUAUUCUGUGAACCGGUUAAUUCUGUGAAAGGUUAAUGGUAUUAACUGGUGUAUGACAAAGCCCUUAAGAUAACUGAUUUAACCGUUUAUAAUACUGCUGCUUGUAAGACAGUAUGAAUUUGUGGGUUAUCUGAGUUGUAGGCCAUUCCCAUUAUUGCAAAUAUAAAUAAAACUUUGAAUUAUUUGUGAAAACCUCAUCAUACCAUGCAGAAAUAUCAAACUAUUUAAUAUUCAAAUAUUCUUUGAAUGCUUGGUUUUAGGGCUUGAUUUAGAAUGAGUCCAUUUUUAUGGGUUAGUCUUAUAAAAAUUUUAGCCUUUAUAUUUUUCACUGUUUAAAUCAAGUUGAAUGUUAUUUUAAAUGUACAGAAUUAAUGGGUAGUUCAGAAGAAGCAUAUGUUCUUUAUAGGAACCUUAGAAAGGAGAAAUCAUAUGCUAAUGUAGUUUUUAAUCUUCUGCACUGUAUAUAUACUUGGUAAUUGUUAACUGGAUUUUAUUUUGAAAAUAUGUGUUUAAAUCUAGGUAAUUUGCUACUUAAAGCACUAAGUCUAAUAGCUGAAAAAUAAAUGUAAAUGAUACUAGUGAAAUUAACUGAGAUUAACUUAUAGAUAUAUAGUGAUGAUUUUGUAUACUGGCUUAAAAAUCCAGAUAUUAAAAAGUAUAAC